UUAGUACUAAAUGUUGGCUAUAAUACACAGAUAAGUCAAUGUGAAAUACCAGAAUCAGUAACUCAUUUAGAACUAGGUUUUUUAUGUGUAGAUGAGUCCCCUCUUCAAAAACUUCCAUCGAAUUUAAAAUUCUUUAAACCAAGUCCUAGCUUCAACCAUCAAAUUAUCGAGGGCUACCUACCGCAAUCAUUAGAGGUUUUAAAAUUUCCCAAAAUGUCAUCUUUUAAUCAAGAGCUUUUACCCAAUACUUUACCCCAUAAUUUAAAAACUCUCAAAUUUGGAAUGUCCUAUACUAAACAAAUUCAAGUUGGGGUAUUACCAAAAGCACUUCAAAUACUAAAG